GGAGAAAAGAGGGGGGGAUUUGGGAACAGUCUUUGUCCUCACCCCGCAGUACAACACACAACUGGAGAAGGACACAGGCUCUUCGCGGAAAAGGAAAAACUGGAUGGCUCGAUGUGAGAGCGGGAGAGCUUUCUUUUAACACAGAAAACCAAGGAAAAGCUCUCGAAAUAAGCGACAACUUUAAGGAGCGGUCGGACGAAAACCAGAGGACCCAAAAAUCACAACUGAAGGUUUGAGAGAUUCCCUCCUGUUCCAGAGGCAAAAUGAGCUGGAGCUUCCUUACGCGCCUGUUGGACGAGAUUUCCAACCACUCCACCUUUGUGGGCAAAAUCUGGCUCACCCUACUUAUUGUCUUUCGCAUUGUGCUCACGGCUGUUGGGGGCGAGUCAAUCUACUAUGAUGAACAGAGUAAAUUUGUGUGUAACACGCAGCAACCUGGUUGUGAGAACGUGUGCUACGACGCGUUCGCACCGCUGUCACACAUUCGCUUCUGGGUGUUUCAGGUGAUCAUGAUCACCACGCCCACCAUCAUGUACCUUGGCUUUGCCAUGCAUAAGAUUGCCCGCAUGGAGGAUGAUGACUACCGGCCCCGGGGCAGAAAGAGGAUGCCGAUAGUGAGCCGUGGUGCCAACCGAGACUACGAGGAAGCGGAGGAUAAUGGGGAGGAGGACCCCAUGAUCCUGGAGGAGAUCGAGCCAGAAAAAGAAAAGGAGGUGGCAGAGAAGCCCAGCAAAAAGCACGAUGGGCGCCGUCGCAUCAAGCGCGAUGGCCUGAUGAAAGUCUACGUGUUUCAGCUGCUGUCACGUGCUAUCUUUGAGGCCUCGUUCCUGUUUGGACAGUACGUCCUUUAUGGGCUGGAGGUGGUACCAUCGUAUGUAUGCACGCGCUCUCCUUGCCCCCAUACAGUGGAUUGCUUCGUCUCACGCCCCACAGAGAAAACUAUCUUCCUGCUCAUUAUGUAUGCUGUCAGCUCCUUGUGUCUCCUCUUUACCGUGCUUGAGAUCCUUCACCUCGGCAUCAGCGGUAUUCGGGACUGCUUUUGUGCACCACGGCCUCGACCUCCCACUCCCCGCCACCCAGCUCUGUCCAGCCAGAGGUCCUCCAUCUGCCGCCAGCCAUCAGCACCACCAGGCUACCACACAGCUCUGAAGAAGGACCCAACAGGAAAGUUGGGCUUCAGGGAUAACCUGGGAGAUUCAGGUCGCGAGUCGUUCGGGGACGAGGCUUCAUCGCGGGAGCUGGAGAGGCUGCGGAGACAUCUAAAACUGGCUCAGCAGCAUCUAGACAUGGCUUACCAAAAUGAAGAAAGCAGUCCGUCACGCAGCAGUAGCCCAGAGUCCAACGGCACUGCAGCUGAGCAGAACAGACUAAACUUUGCCCAGGAAAAGCAGAGCAGUACAUGCGAGAAAGGUCUCCGUGCAUAGGUGCUGAUCAGGCCAGCUGACACUGUAGACUUAGAUUUACAUCAGGAUCAGUGAGAGGAUGUAAGGGAAUCAGAGAGAGUGUGUGUGUGUGUGUGUGUAUGUGUGUAUGUAUGUAUGUAUGUAUGUAUGUAUGUGUGUGUGUGUGUGUGUGUGUGUGUGUAUGUGUGUGACAAAAACUUGCUUGAGGUGGAUGAAGUCAGCCCAAGCCUUCCAGUGUUACGGCCAUCUGUGGUCGGGCAUCGAGUCAAAUGAGGAGGAGAGCGGUCGUCUCAACCCAGCAAUACUUGAGACGGCUGUCUGAAGAUCCAAAGUGCUUACAAACUACCGUCAUGCAGCAAGAACGGUUAAGGUUGUGCUUCUCCCUCAGGGCAGCUAUUCUUUUUUUAAUAUUUUUAUUUUGAGACUUAGAGCUGUUAGUCAUUUUUAAGAGUUUGUCCUCUGGAAGUUCACAGUGAAUGCAUCUCAAAUUUGCCUUAGACCUAAACUGGAACUCUGUGUUUUUGGCAUUUUGUUAAGCAGUGGCCAAGCCAGUUGUAGUGCAAAAAACAUGUUGAAACUGUAAGUGAGGAAGUGAGUGAGUGAGAUGCAAAAGGAAGGUCAAUGGACAAGGCACCACUCGUUAAAGAUAGGUACUGGAGUUAUUGUCAUGCUGAUGAAGACGUUUUGAAGAGUUCAUUUCAUACAAAGGUUUCUCUCAAGUGUGUCACAUACACUUUUAAAAAUGGUUUCGAUAAUGUUGGCGCUGCACCAGUCAACAUUCCCAAGCCUGGUGCUUUGAUGGUAACUGAAACACACUUGGGGUGCCUCUGUCCAAAGGAAUAAACGAACCUGGGUAAUGCUUGAAAAACAUUUAACUCUUGAUAUUGUCUUGUAUUGUUUAAAACGUGUAUUUGAUACUGUUCUUUAUUUUUGUAUUAGUUUUUGAGUAUUGUGGUGUUGAAAAGAGGCUCUUGUCACUGUGCCAGGUAUUUCAUUUGAAAAGAAUCACAUUCACUGCUGUCUUAGUUCCCUUAAGCUUGUCCACGGACCAGUGCAGUCUGAAAAUAGUUGGUUACAAUUUGUGUUCAGCUGCAACAGUUUUCUUUAAUAACUACAUUUUAAAAAAAAUUGAGUAACCUGCAUCUAUAUUAUUUACACAUUGUCUCUGACCAGCAAACGUUCCCUUUGUACUUCCAAACCCGGAUUUGAUUUAAGCAGUUAGUUAAAGAAGGGAAAAUGCUGUCAUGUUCAUGUUCCAUGUUUGAAAGUGCUGAUUUUUGGAUAAGUGUUAUCACUGUUCAAAGUGAGGGUUGUAAACAAUGUAAUCAUUUCAAUGUGAAUUCAAUGCCUUGAACGUGCUCUUCUAAGAUGCCAUCUUUUGUAUUCUGAAUCAUACCCACAGUGCCAUUAGUGCCGACUCAAAUAUUGUCAUCUCAAGUUAUUUUUGAACAAUGCUUUUUGUACUUUUAUACUUUUUGUAUUGAUAGUACUUCGUGGUUAGUUUUUAAAAUAAAUUUUUCAACAAAGUCGAACCGAGCUUUUCAAA